UUGAAAGAGUCGAAGCGGGCGGUGAACAGCAUCCGAGGACUGGCGGACGAAGACGAGGACGAAGACGAUGUUGAGAAAGUCAGCUGGAGCGGGGAGCCUGUCGGGAGUAUCUCCUGGUCGGUCAGAGAGACGGCAGCGUCCAAUCAGAGGACAGAUAGAGAGCCAGCCUUCCCAAAAAUCAACACUGACACACAGACGAUCAGCAAGAGUCACUCAGGAUACUCACUGAGUUCUCUGUUCAAAGGAAAAACUAAGGGAGGAAACUUUCAGCCCUUCACUGACUCGCUCAGCGACUCGUCUGUCAGGCUCUACGCUCCAGAGCUCCGAAAACCUAAAUCUGAGUACAAGGACUAUGUCAGUGAUUGGUCACCUGAGGAGACGGUUCACAGAAUGCAGCAAGGAAAGACUGUGUCUCUGGAGAAGUUUCGGUCUCUUCAGGACAAACUGUUUCUGUUGGACUUCGCCGUCAGCGCUCACGAUGGAAACGUUAUCACUGCUAUUCUGAUUUAUUUGAAGAGGACUCUGAGCAAAGAGGUUUUGUUUCGGGAGCUGGAGUCCAGACAAACGGCUCUGAGACAUUUCAUCCACUACCUGAGUGAAACCAGAGAUCAGAAGCUGCUGCUGGAGCUUCUCAGGACUCUGGGCAGGAUGGAGGACAUGGUGUUGCUGCAGUACAAAGAACACCUAAGCAUCACAGAUGAGAACAAGAGGCGGGACUUCCUGAAGAGAUGCCUUAGUCUGGCGUUUUCUCCAGAGGACUCGGGACACGUCCAGGAUCACUUCACUCUGUUGGAGCGACAGAUCAUCAUCGAGGCAGCAGACGGACAGGCAGAGCGUGGAGGGAAGAUGGAAAUCUUCCAGAAGUUUCCUCGAAGAGCUUCAAUCCUCAACAUGCCGCUGAUCACGACUCUGUACUACUGCUGCUUCUACCACUACAACGAGCCUGAGGGAACAUACAGCAGUCCACUGAACAUCCGUCACACCUUCAGGGUGAGAGCGGCCGUCUUUACACAUCGAACGCGAGAACGUAUCGAAUGUGAGAACGUAUCGAACGUGUGAAAUUAUCGAACGUAUCAAACGUGAGAACGUGUAAUACGUG